AGGACUUUGAGUAGUCACACUCUGGUUCCCUCCCCCUUCCUUCUUUCACAGCCUCACACAGUCUGUGUGCUCUUCCUGAAGCCUGCCUGAGGUCGUCACCAUGUACUAUAAGUUUAGCAGCUUCACACAGAAACUGGUUGGGGCAUUGCCCACUGAGGCCUACCACCCACAGGUGAGGGGGAUUGCUUGUACCCUGAUCAUAGCACCAUAGAUCCCAACAAAGGGGCAAACACAGGCGAUCUGUCACUGACCUUCAAAGCAGUCUGGAGGCAAAUCUCCAUAACUGACUUAUAAGCAGAGCUGUAUGGGCAUAUAUAGAGGGCUAUUUACUAAAAUGAGAAUUCAAAGUGAAUUUUAAACUCAAGGUACAAAUAGCCAAACUGGAAACAUUCUCUAAGUCCGCUAUGCUUCUAGUUUGGGCACCAUUAGCCUUAAAAUAGAAUUCCACUUUAAAUUCUCACGCUAGUGAAUGACGGUGAUAGUUUUGUAACACUUACUGUGAGCUCCCUUGGCUUUUGCAGAAAUCAUUAGUUAAAAUGGAUAUAAUGAAAUAGUUAAGCAAAUUAACAUUGGUAUUUUUUUUAAUGGCGUCUUUGUUAUUAGAGUAGACACUGUGUGUUGUAAUCUGCUAAUGUGAUGUGUGUAUUUAAAGGAUCACUAUAGUGUCAGGAAAACAAACUCAUUUUCCUGUCACUAUGUAGUCCUUAGGUCCCACCCACAGGGAACCCCUCCCGCGGGGCUGAAGGGGUUAGUCCACUUACCUUAAUCCAGCGCCUUCAACCACUUACCUUAAUCCAGCACCAGGCUCCCUCGGCGCUGGUGACUUCUCCUCCCCCUUCCGACGUCAGCUCCCAAGUGUAACUGAAUUCGCAUGUGCGGCCAGAGCCGCACAAGCUUUCAAAUCGCCCAAUGCUUUCCUAUGGACGUUCUGCAUGCUCAGUGCAAUUUUCGAAUUUAGCGUCGGGAAAGCACCUCUAGCGGCUGUCAGGAAGACAGCCAGUAGAGGCUUGAUUAACGCUGCAAUGUAAACAUAGCAGUUUCUCUGAAAACUGCUAUGUCUACGUUUAAAGGGUUAAAACCUGGGGGACCUGGCACCCAGACCACUUAAUUGAGCUGAAGUGGUCUGGGUGACUAUAGUCGUCCUUUAACCCCUUAAGGACACAUGACAUGUCAUGAUUCCUUUUUAUUCCAGAAGUUUGGUCCUUAAGGGGUUAACUCGUGUGUGCCCUGUUUGUUGCUUUUGGUGUUUGCCAAUCCAUUAAAUGGACAUUCUAAGCAACAGAAUAACUACCCUUUCAUCUGUAAACAAUACCUGUUCUGUAAAAUGCAGUGUUUACAUUGUUCUCUAAUGAGACCUCUAGUGACUGUCACUCAGACUUAUAUGAAUUACAGGACUGUUGUUCAGUAUUUUCAUGCUCCGCAUGAAGAUGCAAAAUGCACCUCAUAGAGAUGCAUUGCUAUAAUUAACCUAUGUACAUUCUAUAUCGGUAUUUAUUACUAUUUAUAAAGCGCCAACAAAUUCCGUAGCACUGUACAAUCUGUGGACUAACCGAUAAGUAUUUGUACCAAGACGAGCUGGAUGCACAGGAACUGCUCAAACAAGCUUACUUUCUAGAGAUAAAUACAUACUCCUAUAUACUGGUGACAAUUUGCAAAAAAACAUACCUGCAGCUAUAAGGCCACUGCCUUUCUUAGUCACAGAAGAUGGCUACACUCCCCAUUUAAUGUCCAUGUGUCCUUUUAGAGCUUAUGAUGUAAAAAAGUUACAUAAUCCUCACACAUAAAGCACUUCAGCAAACUGCUUUGUGCACUUGCAGUAUUCCUUUAAGAUGUUGCUCAUUUUAUUACAUCAUUUUGUGAUAACACCAGUUUAAAGGUAUACACACACACACACACACAAAGGUGUAUUCACUGAACUUCAAUUUGCAGUUGGAAAGUGCAUGGUAAAGUAUUGGCAAAAAUUGCUGAUAUGAAAAAAAGUCCAUAGUCACAGGUUGGCUUUGUUCCCCUUUAAUCUUGCCAUUCAGAUUUUAAUUUGCCACAGUUGACAUUAGCAAAUAACUCUGACAGAUUCCUCAGGUUAAAAUAACACUAUAGGGUCAGUAACACAUGUGCUCCUGGCCCUAUAGUGUUAAAACCUCCAUUUGGAUGACUUGCCCCCCUUAGAUCCCUCAGAAGCGGUUAAAACUUACCUUAUUUACACACCGCGCGGGAUCGCUGGUGUUGGCCCCGCCACUGAUCCACCUUCUUGGUGACAUCAUCAGAAUUUACCCUUACCCGUAGGGAACGCAUUGGUUUGGCGGAAAUCGGCAAUUAGGUGGGAUGGGGGCGGGGCCAAAUGCUGACUUGGCCAAUCAGCGCCUCCUUAUAGAGAUGCAUUGAAUCAAUGCAUCUAUGUGAGGAAAAUUCAUGAGUGUGGAGACUCUGAACGGCAGAACACUACCCCAGAAAGUACCUCCAGUGGCCAUCUGAGGAGUAGCCACUGGAGGUGUCCCAAGGGGGCAAUGUAAACACUGCCUUUUCUCUGAAUUAAGCUGUAGUUGUUCUGGUGACUAUAGUGUCCCUUUUAAAAAAACAAAAUAAUAUUGAAUCUUAGGCCUCAAAUGUGCAUUUACAGAGUUAAAUAAAUUAUAACUCUUUGCAGUUCUAUCUAAAGAAAAGUGAUGUCUUAUAAUUGUGCAUUUACAGUGUUGGCCGACAUUUUAACCACAAAGUUGGGUCUCUGCCACCCCUGCCUCCCAGCUUCCUUCCUCCCUGCACUGCAGUUGAUGCUUUCAGGUAUCCCUGGGUACCCUUUGAGAGAAAACAUGUGUAUGAAUAGUGCAAAUCUCUCAAUGUGUACCCACGUUCUCAGCCUAUCACCAGCCGUCUGCUAAACCUACCUAAUAACGCAGGGCAGAGCAUAAGCCAGGAGGCAGAGGUCUCAGACGGUCCUCUCACCUGAACAACAUAUACAGAUAUACAGUAUAUAUCUGGGCUGAGCAACCUAUGGCAUGACAUACCCAAACAGGAUGAGGAGAUCCGAGGAUCUCCCAUGGAGCUGGCGUAUGAGUAUUCCCAGUGAGAUUUCUUCAGAUAUCUGUUAGUGCCUGUUCGACACUAGUUGUGAUUGCACCAGGUAGUGAGGAGCAAUCUUCAAUUUAUUCAGCCACUAUUGUCCCAGCCCAUGACCUGUAGCUGGACCUCCAGGAAGCCACCCACACAGAAAGACAUGCACAUAAAGCUGCAGGAGAAGCCUCCACAAAGACAACACUACUGACAGCACAUAUACACAACAGCACAUAACACAACAGCACAACCAGCCUCCCACACACAAUACCCCAAGCAACCCAUACACACAAUACGACAUAUACACAAUCCCUCAAACACCCCGCAUACACAGCACACACACUACAAACAUACAAAGCUCACACAACACCGCAGACUGCUUAUUCACCUACACAAUAUAACACAGCCGAUAUACAUACAAAUACAACCUUAAAAAGCAGUUCCAGCACUCAAGCAGGAUACAGCAACGUAUAUUUUAGUUUAAAAACAUUAGAUUACAGAAUGCACUACAACUGUAUACUGGCACUGUAGCUGUAUUGAUGUUACCUCGACUCCUGGCAUUAGUAGAGGGCGGCGAGGAAGCUGUUCGGUGUUAGAGCAUGGAUUAUGCCCAGCAGUUCCCUUGUUACCCAUGAGGUCUGCUGAUUUGAGGCAGGCCGGUUCAUCGUGUCUUGCAACCUCCAUCUCUCAAUCUCAUGCUGUGCUCAGCCCACAAGGUCUGGUUUGAAACUGCACAGCACGCACUUACUGUGCUGCUCUGGGUGCCCUGAGCACUCUUCCAGCUGCCUAUAACCAGGGAUGGCCUGCGCGCUCCCUUGAUAUUUUGCCUUUUGAAACCAUUGCUCUUCUAUGGGAAGCCCUCACUUCCAUUUUGAACUACAGUUUAAAGCAAGUGAGGCAGGAAACGCUCCCCUUCUUUCUGCUUACUAACUGGCAUGUGUUACUAAGGGAGUUCAAAAAAGGGACAAUUUUUCUUGAAAUGUGCACUUUUAUGAAAUAAGCCUGUAAGGGCAUGAAGUUAGUACCUAAAGCACUUCAGCUUGACGGACUAGACUUUAGUGUUCGUUUUAAGGGAUUUAAUAUUGACAAUGUCUCUCUAGUGCAAAUAAAAUAAUAUAAGUAAAAAAAAAAGAAAUAAAGCUAAAUAUUACCUCUGGAUAAAGACACAAUCCUUUAGAGGAAUUUGACAAAAGACCUUUACACCCACAUAGCCUUUGAAUAUAAAUUUUCUUACUUGCAUUUUCACAAUUUAGGAACAAUAAAAGAAUAAUAAUUGAACGAGUAACAAUGUAAUGUGUCAAUUGACAUGCAUUAAAACAUUAUAUAAUAUGCAAACUAUGAAUAUUCAAGUGUCAACGUGUACACCUUGUCAUAAAAAAAUCUCCCCUACAGUUUUAUUUGAGCAACUUUAUCUCAAUCCAGAGAUUUGGGACUAUUUAGUAACCUGUUUGACAGAGUGUACACUGGUUUUAUCUUGUGACCAAUGUCAAGGUUGUAUUGUCAUUGGUAGUCUGUUUCAUGUCAAUAGGCACUUUCAUGUGAUAAGUGUUGUAUAGCACUUUCACAGAUUAUAAGCACAGGAACCAGAAACACUUGGACAGAAAUAGGCCAUCUCUUUUGGGAUGUGGUAUGAACAGACGUUGAAAGUUUCUAUUUGUGAUGGUUAACCUUGGCCUCAGGGCUGGCUAGUUUCAUGAAAAAUUUACUUUACGAAAAUCUGAGAGAAGAGGUAUUCUCAUUAUUUUUGCUGAUCAGAGCCGCUCACAGAAUCCCCAUUCAUACACUGGAAAGCCGCCUUAAAAACGUUUUGUGAAGGCAUGAGUUAUACUUAAAGAAACCUCUCUCUUUUCUGUUUAAUAUCUCUGAAUUUGUCCCCAUUAGAUGGUACUCUCAGCUGCAAUAAUAGCAUUAUUACUAUCAUUUUUAACAAUAGUUGCAAUGCCGUACUGAUACAAUAGGAACAGAAGAUCCUGCAUGUUGCCCUGCAAUCUAGCAAUAUUCUUCUUUAUUUCUCCUUUUCCUACUGUGAAGGACCUGUGUUGUGCUCAAGGGAUCUCCCUACAUUCUCAGUAGAGCUUCCACUUCAUCAAAAGGAGCAGUGGGGCAUAUGUGCCAAUCUGUGCAAAAUAGAACAAGUGACUGGCUAAAGCAGAGAUGGGUAACCUUUGGCACUCCGGAUAUUGUGGACUACAUAUCCCUUAUUGCAGGCAAAGCAUGAUUGGAGAGGUAGUCCAAAACAUCAGGACUGCCGAAGGUUGUCUGUCUCUGGGCUAGAGGCAUGUAGACGGGUCACAUGCUACACUCGAGCAACCAGAUUUGAUGUGAUUGUAUAACUCUUAUUGCUCUGUGAGUAUGUGGAGACUCUAGCUCUAGGCUGUUUCUGCAUUGCAAGAAACCUUCCUUUGCACAAAUAUUAGAAGAGGAUAUGUCUUGAUGCUAUAUCUAGUGCAGGGGUAGUCAACCUGGUCCCUACUGCCCACUAGUGGGCGGCUUGGGAAUUCAGGUGGGCUGUGGUGGUUUUGCAGAAAACGCCCAGUGGGUGUCGAUGGCCGUGGACCAAGGCUGGCAGGGGAGAUCUUUAAUUUCCCCUGCCGGCCCAUGCAGAGCCAGUCUUGCUGUAAGCCCUCUCAGGCUGGUUAGGAGAUCAAAGAUAUCCCUCACCAGCCUGCUGGCACUUAAUUCCAGCAGAGGGAGGGAAGGGCCUGGGAGGCUAUGACCCGAUGCACCACACACACAGACUGACCCCUCAUAAAUGCACAUACUACACCUUCACAUACACACACGCACACUUAUAAAAUUAUAACGCUCUAAAAUUAGUUACUGCGGCACUGGUGGACGGUAAGGAAAUUUUAGCAUCAGCAAAGAUACAAAAGUGGGCGGUAUGUAUUAAAAGGUUGACUACCCCUGAUCUAGUGUAUAGCUGGAUGAUAAGAUUAAUUAAAAGGAGUUGUGUUAGUCAUACAUUGUUAUUGUUCAAGAAAAAUCCCUUAAAAUUUAGAGCUUGAAUAUUAAGGGUCCAAUAUAAUUUUGAGGAUAUGUAGAAAACCCUGUUGUGAGAAUUCUAUUCUUAGUGUAAUUCUUUGCAUGUAAUUAAGCCAUUACUGUAGGUCAAUUUUUAUGAGUAAGGAUUUACUCUACAUUAUUUAAAGGGGCACUAUGGGCACCCUGACAACUUCAGCUCAUUAAAGUGGUCUGAGUGCAAUGUCCCUGUCCCCAUAAUAAUGCAAUGUUAAUUAAAUAAUUACUUUGCAGUUCUAAGACUGCUUCUAUUGACUGUCAGACAGCCACUAGAGGUACUUCUUAUUGCUAGGUGACUUUUGGUGUUACUAGCCAACAGUAAAAAGGAAGCAUUUGCACGAAAAAAGCCUGCAAGGAUAGUCUAUAGAUACCAGAACCAUAAAGCUGUAGUUGUUCUGGUGACUGUAGUGUCCCAUUAAGAUAUACUCAAAGGUAGGGGAGGAGACAUCACUAAUCUUUUGAGUUAUUUGGAAGUCAAGUGGAUAUUUUCUUUACAAGUGAGUGUUCCCUUUGGUCUAAAUUCCUUGUAUUACACAUCAUAUUUUGUAUAAAAAUCUAUUAAUAUUGAUGUGCGCAGGACGAUGUUAUUAGGUGCUAGACUGGAAUUUACCUACUCUUGUUUCUGGUCGGACUUGGCUCUUUUAUUCUUGCUUUGUUUUCCAUCUUUUCUACUAAUUAUUAACUGUGUCCUUUCAUUUAAAAUGUUUCCAAUUUUACUUUGUGGAUUACUGUUAGUAAUUUUUUAAAAAUUUUAUGAAUGUAUAAAAACACAUAAUUAAAGGAACACUCCAGGCACCCAGACCACUUCUGCACAUUGGAGUGGUCUGGUUGAUAACACCCACUACUCUUAACCGUGCAACUAUAAUUAUUGCAGUUUUUAUAAACUGCAAUAAUUACAUUACAGGGUUAACUCUAGAGGGCACUUCCUGAUUCAUAGCAAAGAUUUUCUUUGCUAGAGCGUCGCUGGACGUCCUCACGCUGUGUGAGGACCUCCAGCGUUGCUCAAUUCCCCAUAGGAAAGCAUUGAAAAUCUUUUUCAAUGCUUUCCUAUGGGGAGACCUAAUGCGCUGCCGCACACGUGCAUUAGGUUUCCUCGGCGGGCGGGAUCAGUCUCGCCCACCGGCUGACGUGAUUACUGGGAGGAGCAACACCGACCCGAAAACACCGCCGAGGGACCUUCAGCUACCUGGGAUGGGAGGUGGGAGAGAGAGGGUACCUGCAGUGCCUGGAAAAUGAAUUGUUUUCCAGGCACUGGAGUUUUCCUUUAAGUACUACUCAAAGUUUAUUUUUGGUUUUAGGCUAUUUUGUUUGUCUUAAUUUGACUUUGAUUUUAUUUUUAAUUUUUUAAAAAAAUUUUUUUUAACAAUGGGCAGCCAGCGACGAGAUUUACAUGGUGUUUUUUUUUUUUUUUUAAAUUUCUUCUUUGUUAUUUUAUAGGGACUGAGACCUUCCGUUUACUCUGAAGCACCUGUAACUAUCUUUUCCAGCCCAACAAAAUUAUCAGCGGAUUCUUCAUCAGCAGCAGGAUAUCUGGGAAAGAACAGAGUCCCAGAACUGCAAAAACUUUUCCAGGUAUCAGAACUGGUUCAUGAUUUACGUGUAAAACAUUUAAAAUAUUUUAGUUCAAUUUUCUAGACGGUACCUGAAUGUAAAACAAAUUGUUUUUUGUUUUAUAAUAACCAAUUGUUGCACGAUAUAUGAAUGUUUUAUAAGGAUUGAGUCUUGACAUUUCUCAAUACUGGUAUAAAGGUUUGUGACGGACCGCUGGCACUCCGACUGAGUACCUCCGCCAAUCGAUGCUCCUAGUGCUUGCCGAGGACUCCGAGCACUCCAACCGACACCUUCAGCACUGCGGACCCCACUUCCAGCGAUGCAGCUCUCUCACCCACCCUGGAUCCACAACCAGGAUCCAGCUCCCAGUGGGUGAACCUCUCCUAAAUCCAGAGAGCAUAGCAGGAACAAAUCAAGCUCUUACAAAAGCUUACUCUGGGGAGUAAGUGAUUAUAUUUAUAGCAAUCCCCAGAGUGUAGGUAUCCAUUCCCCCAAGCAUGAGCCAAGGCUUCAAGAAAGGUGCCAGUAGGUCUGGUUUAUUGAGGGCUACCUGACCGGUAUUUAUGCAAGUGUCCACCAGGUGGACACUCUCUAGGGGACCUGAUGGAACAAUGGGAUGGGACACUUAUUGGAUAUUGGCCAAUCACAGACAAUACAAACAAAACACUCCUACAGUGACAUCACAAUCCCUCCUCUCUAUCCUGGAGAUAAUUGGGAAGUAAUCAAAUUAUCUCCCAGGACAGAGGCAAGAGUCCAUUAACCAUAUGGUUACAAAAAGACAUAAAAUUCUCCAUGCUGACCCCCUUACAGCCAAGGGGACCACCACACACAAAGGCCAAUCGGAGAUCUAAUGGCGGCUCACCAUAAGAUCUCAGCCGACAUGGCCCUAAUCAGGGAUGAUAUCAAAGGAAUUAGACAGGCUGAGAAAGGUGGGGGCCUCCUCUGACUGCCUCACCAACCAGAUCACGGAUCUGCAGGCAGCGAUCAAAGAUCUGCAACAAAAAACCCUGCAGCAAGAAACCCUAAUGGCCGCCCAAGAAGACAGGUUCCCGCCGAAAUAAUCUCAAGCUAAGAGGUGUCACAGACUCCAUACCGGAGGCUGAACUACCGCAUCUUAUCAGGCGACUCUUCACGGAUCUACUGACACCAAAGACGGCAAAAGCGAUCACGCUGGAGGACCUUUUUCAGAUACCACGGCCAAAAGCCCCUCAAACUGUCACAGGGGACUUAAUACUCAAAUUCCAAUCAGCCAGAGAAAAGAAGAUGGUCCUAGAGGCUACAAAGGGACAGUCUUCCUACCCCUUUGGAUGACCCUAUCCUUUUAUACCGACCUGUCAGCUGGAACACUGGCGUGGCGGAGAUCCCUGAGCACGUUUACAGCCCUCCUGCGUCUCCAUCAAAUACAAUACUGCUGGGGCCCGAACCGCACCCUCACCAUCAGCAAAAGAGAAACCAAACACGCUGUCCACAACCUCCUAGAGGCCGCAGAGAUAAUGAGGCUACUGAACAUCCCUACUGACCCGCAGAAUCAGGCAACGCACCUCGCAGGCCACACACACCAGCUGGGAAGGCACACCGUGGAUGCCCCGGAGUUUGUGCCCAGGAAGCCGCCUGCAGACCCAUACGCCACAGCCACCACAUGAACAGGGCUGCGGACUUACCACUCACCCAACGCCAACACAGCCGUCGAUAGAAAUCAGCUGUUCGCCGAGAGGAGCGGAGCCGGGGUUUUACCGAGUCGGCACUAUGGUAUCGGCUGCUGCCAUGGCCGUGGACACUGAGCCCAAUUGCUGCCUACACGAACACGCGGCUGGCUCCCCAGGGGGUGUAAUAUAAUUGUUUAGCAACCUCUCUCCUGACAUUGAUACCUCCCAAGGUUAUACCAUAUUUUACCUUUAUCACCACUAUAAUCUAGGAACCGCUAAUCUAGUUCGAGCUCCAGCCUAGCAUAGUAUGCUGCACAUCUUGUUAAUAUUAAUAUCUUUUGCCUCACUGCAUAGCUCUACAUGCACUCUAUAGUGCCAGCAUAACAAUAGCCAGGCUCAUUCACACACACACACACCCAUUGAACCGACUACCGGACAUGGGUACACACCACUCAGGGGAACCUAAGGGGACACUAACACACACAUGGCAGACCACACAUACUCAGAGCACACGUUGAACUUAGGGUUUGAAGGUACUCUCAUGAUUUUUGUUUAACCCAUUGCCUGCCAAUUUAACAUGCUUAAGCUUGUACCAAAAGUUAAAGCCAGAGCGCACAUUGAAUUUAUUGUUUGAAUGUACUCUUAUGAUUUUGUGUAAGCUAAUUUAGCAUGCUUAAGCUCGUACUUAAAGUUAAAGCCAGAGCACUUGUUGAAUUUAUUGAUAGAAUAUACUCUCAUGAUUUUGUAUAACUCAAAGCCAGAUAAUUUAGCAUACUUAAGCUUGUACGUAAAGUUAAAGCCAGAGUACACGUGGAAUUAAUUGUCUGAAUUUAAUCUCAUGAUUUUACCUAUCUCAAAUGCCAGCUAAUUUAGCAUGCUUAAAUUAAGAUUGUACUCCACGUUAAAGUUACGCUACCGUAACGAAACAGUUUUGUCUUUCAUAAUAAUAUUUUAAAAUGUGCCGUCACCUCUGAGCCACAUAUGUGACCUUCUGUGCUAUCGAUACACUUACUAUGCUGUUGUGGCAUCGUACGAUGUUCUGUUAUUCCAUGCACGCUCAAAAUAAAGAAUUUAUAAAAAAAGACAUUAAAAUUAUACAAUGUUACAAUUACUACAUAAAACAUAUACAUGCAACAUAUCCCCAGAUAGCUUAGAUCUGAGCGCACAUUAUUACCGAAUCACCUACAUACAGUUCAAUCUCCAUGAAGCCAAAGUCUUUUCCAUAGUCUUUUGUUACACGAAUAGGCUCCAUGGAAUAGCUAUCUGGGGUAGCACUACUCACAUAUUGAAAGUCCCGAAUGCCUCGGCAGAAAUACACAAAUAAACAUUUCUGCAGGGUAAAAUACAGCUGUCAUCACAGGGGCCAUAGUUGGAAGGCAGGAGGCUAGCCAGUAGUCCCCUCCAGCCACAAGUGGCGAAGCGCACUUCGUCACAAGGUGAUUGCUUACUAUAUAUUUUAAAUGUAAUUGUAGUGCAUUGUUUGCAGUAAUAUGGUUAAUCUUAUCUAUGAUGUAGUGUUCUUAUGUCAGCAGAUUAUUUUUCAAGCUGCAGUAAAUCCAUUUAGAUUUGUAAUGGACACUGGACUAGACGCAUAAUCACAACGCACUUUGUUAUGAGUUUGGGGGGACUAAUAUUGAAAUAAAGAAAAUGUUGCAAAUAGAGACCUAGACCCCCACUGUCUGUCAAGAUAACACUUGCCAGUGGUAGCUUAGUGACAGAAAAAUAUAACCCUGCCAUAAAGUGUAUUUUUAGACUAUAUAUAUUGCCUUUCCACAUCAAAACCACAAUAUUUACUUGCCUAAAGAAAGGUCUCUUUGCAACCGGUGGUGUUGCUAGCUUCCAGAAACCAUUUGGAGCUAUAUCCCCACCUCCCAGCACAUUAAGGGGAGCCCCGUGUAUCCUCUGAAUCCUGGGGUUCCCUGAUGUCAGCAGGGAUUUAACCCUGCACACGGCAUUCCAAGCCGUCCAACAGGCUUUAAAGCCCACUUUAAGUAGGACCGCAUAGAAAUCCAAAACCUUGUUAAGAGUUUAAUAUCAUUAUUAUUUUGAAUUUAUGUAUUUUUAUUAUAUAUUUUAUUAACCAUAUCACUCAACUUCUGUGUCAGUGUAUAUACCAGUUUAAAAAUGUAUUGAGGGGGGAGGGGACUCUGGAAAAAUAUAACAACAAACUGCACCGUUGCCAUUAGUCCAUUAUACGAUGCCAAAGCUGCACGCUGGAGCCUGCUUAGAGCAGCAGCAUAAAUUUAAAACAGUCUGACCUCGAGCAACCGAAUGCUGUAUAAAGUCUACAGUCUUUGCAAGUGUGUAGCAGGCAGUGCAAGUUAAUAAGACUGCACCAAAUUGGACACUUGGCGAUCUUCUAACGGCAGUUCAAUGUGUGGGAUACAAUUGUGUGAGGUUGAUUUUAAAGGGAAACUAUAGUGCCAAGGAAACAACUUUAGCGUCCCCCUCUGUCAAGGCACCCCUGCUCUCUCCACCUUCCCUCCAUGUGGUGCAGAAGGGGUUAAUAACCCUACUUGUCACUUACCUGGGUCCAGCACCUAUAUCCCUUGGCACUGGCUGGCUCCACCCAUGCUCCUCCCCUGCCACCAUCCGCACGUGGGGGAGACCUACUGCGCAUGCGAGCCAAAGGCUGCACUCGCAUUAGGAUUUCCCCAUAGGAAAGCAUUCCAUUUCAUUGCGUGAGGACGUCCAGCGUCAUUUAGGCGACCAAAGGUCACCUUCGAGACCGUAAGUCCCUCAAGUGACUCUUUGGUAGACAGACACUGGAGGAGGAGUUAACCCCAGCAGGUAAUUAUUGCAGUUUAUAAAAACUGCAAUAUCUACAUGCUCAGGGUUAAGGGUGAUGGGACAUUGCACCCAGAUCACUUCAAUGAGCUGAAGUGGUCUGGGUGCCUACAGUGUCCCUUUAACUGUAUAGUGCCAGGCAAAAUUGGUGGUGCGCUUAAUGGAACAUGAUAAUAUAUAUGGUAAUAGCUUCAUAUUUGUGUUAAUCAUUCCUAUAGACUUGUUUAUUAUUGUGUUUCACCACUUUCUGCAGUAUCUAAAAGCAUAAUUAACAGCUUUUUUUUUUUAAUUGUAGUUUUUUUUUUGGGGGGGGGAGCAAGGUGGGGGGUUGCUUGUUUUAAUGUAUUAAUGAUGUGCUGUUAACAUUCUGACAGAAUUGGCUAUUUUUGAGUAUCAUUCAGAGCCGUUAUACUUUGCUAUCUUAACCACCUGUAAAUCUUUUAAUGUUUUACUUUGGUUAUGUCUUUAUAUAACCAAAGUAAAUCAACAUUGGUUCUGUAUUUAUUAUAACCUGGCAAAUUGAUAAUUUUAGGGUCAAACUAAAAUUGAGGCCAAAAUAGUCCAUCUGGAAAUAACCUUUGAUCAGUCAGCUCUCUUCACAAUUGCUGUAGAAGUCAUUUUCUUUUUUAUAUUUUAUUCCUAACAAUUAAUGGAUCACACAGGUAUUUUUAAAAUAAUUUUCCCUCUCUCUCUUUUUUUUUUUUUUUUCCUCUACCAUUUGAAGAAAUCGGAUGGCAUUCCUGUACAUUUGAAACGAGGCGUCCCUGAUCGGCUCCUAUAUCGCACUACUAUGGCAUUGACACUUGGAGGGACCAUCUACUGUCUUAUAGCCCUGUACCUGGCCGCACAGCCUAAAAAGAAAUAACACCCGCAGAUGAAUGGAACUUAAAUACAUUUGACUCUCACGGAACAUCAACAAACCAUCUUCUUUGAUUUUUGAGCUUAUUUUUAUACCUCCACAUAUUUCCAUCUGUUAUGUUUUUAAACUGAUAAAAGUUCCCUACCUCUCUGAAAUCUUUGUAUUGCUUCAUUACAAGUACGAGAAAGUAAUGAAAAAUGCAUUAUCUGUGUUGUUUUUUUUGGUAAUCAAAUGGACUUUUAUGUAAAUCUACUCAGCCCAAUGAUUUAAAUCUCAGAAUCGUACUUGGCCAUCUUUGACCACUCUUAAGUAACCAGAUGGCUUGACCGAGUUCUAGGCGAUUACAGGGAUGACACAUUGGUUAAUUGAACACUCCAGGCACCAUAACUACUGUGUGUUGUAGUGGUUAUGGUACUUGGAAUGUUCCUUACAGUGUACAUAGCAUGUUGGCUUGUAGGGAAAAAGUGUCAUGCACCGCACAAGAGCUUUUCAUUUGUGUCAAGCCCAUGUUUGGUGACACACAUUGGUAGGUAUAACAUUUUGAUGUUUGUUCUACCUAAUAUUGAUACUAAAGAAAAAUUAAAAUUUGGAAUAUACUACCACUUCUGGAUGGAUAUAAAAUUGUUAUACAUGCCUCUUCUUGGGAGGUAACUCUAUAUAAAACCACUUAUAGCAAGUAUAAUUGCCCAUGAACCUUUAUUGUUUUACAUUGAGAACGGCUGCUAAUGCUCAGUCCGGUAGAAAAAAAAAAAUAUUUAUAUUUUUGUAUUUAUCCUGGGGAACAAACUUACUCUUAGUAAAAUGUUCUACUUAUGUGUUUCAGUUAGACAAAUAAUAAUCUGCUGCUUAUUAUUGAUUUCAUCACCAGUUUCCAUUCCAAAGACAUUGAAAACACUUUGAAGAAUACAGGAUGUUCUUGUUUUUAGCUUUUUAAGUAUUUAACAUUUAUCAAAUUCGAGUUAUCUGGGGUUUUUUUGUUUUUGUUUUUUUUCUUCUUCUAAUUCCCCUUUACUUAGCUUUUGCUAAGUUAAAUUAAGGGUUACUUUACCUACUGAAUAUAUUUCUGAAGGUUGUUUAAACCACAGCCAGAGGAUUAAUUGUCUUCCAGUGCUUACACCUUCCUUUUCCCUCAUCACAUAAUACAGGAAUCGAAAUUCCAUUUUCCAGUAGCCAAUGGUGAGUGAAAAUACAGCCCUGGCAAGUAGAAAUCUCCCCCUGGUUAGUGUGAAAUGGACCACCCUGGUUUGCCGUGGCUAGUUUUAUAGAAUACUUUAAGCCUUUGUACUAGACGUAACUUGACUGUUGGCUGAUCUCCGCAAUUAACCAACAAAUGACAAAGGAAUUCAAUUGAUUGUUAAAAACAAAAAAUGUGACUUCUAUAAUAAGGUAGAAUUCAUUUUAUUGACAAUAAGAGUAAUAAUGCAAAACCAAAUUCUGACCUAUCCAGCAGAGCUUAUUUUAAUUAAUGGACCAGAAGAUUGAGUUAAACAAUUUAUAACUUGGUUUGUAGGGCAAUGCAUAAUUAAUUCUUCUAUGUAUUAAUGUUGGGGAAAUUGAAAAUUGGCUUCAUCUGUCAAACAUGAGGACCGAGUUAAACAUUACUGCUUUAAUGAGUUUGAUAAAUGGGUAUUGUUCUGUAAUUUCAGUAAAUAUUUGUCCUUCAGAAUUUCCCCAGACAACUAUAUCUUUAAUAUUUAUUUAUUAUUAUGGAAUAAAUACAGCAAUUAAAACCUAAUGUUUAGUGCUGCAUCAUCAUUUUUAUAUAUAAUAUAUAUAUAUAUAUAUAAUUUUUUUUUUUUUUUUUUCUGGCUCUUUAAUCACUUGUGCAAUAUCAAAAGUAGUUUAUUUAAUUAAAGCUAAAACACUUUGUGAUAGGAAUUUUUAUUUUGCUUUAUUACAAAGUGCCGGGAAAUUGGGAGAUUGAUCAUGUGGGGGACUAUAGACAUUGGCGAUUUAUUAAAAAGUUAAAAUGCACCAUGUGUCAGUUUGGUGCUGCACGAAAAUGUUCAAUCACUGUUCAGAGUAGAAAUGCACAAUCUUGUACAGCUAGUUUUAUUUUACUUCUUAAGGGUGGGUGCCUUUCAAGCUAUACCCACAACCCCGAUACCACUCUACCAACUGUUUUGUACUGAUACAUUGCACUGGUUGUUUUAUGUCCUACUGAUACAUUUUGCUGGUUGUUUGAUGUAAUAAGAGACACUAUUAUAGAUCACUAUUUGAAAAUGAUGAGAUUUUUUUUUGAAUGCUAAAAUGUGUGGUUAUAGAAGCCAAGAAUGGAACUACUCAAUGAUUGAGACAUAUGAAUCAUAUUAUGUAAACUUCUAGACUAGAGAUGUACUGGAUACAUAACAUUGCUGUUGGUGCAUAACCUUUUGUUUGAUUCUUUUUCAGAACUCUGUAAUUUCUUUAUCAUUUUUAAUGGUAUACGCAUGUUGAUCAUCCAUUAUUUUAUGACCUUUGAAGUAUAAGUGUCAAGUUGCACAAUAUAAGAGAUAUCUAAUUUAAUUAGGUAAUAUUUUAGUUAAUGCAAGACACAAUCUAGUCUGUGAAUUACAUCUGGUUGGAAGGGAAAUUGUUAACAAAGGUUACGAUAACAGCUAACCAUUACUUAUUGUAUGUACCUUAGAAAGUUUUUUUUAAAAUGGAGCAUAUAGCUUUGAGGUUUGAACAGGUUUGCACAGAACUCAUCGGUAGGCCUUGGGCCAUUAAAAAUGGCCACCUACUGACUUGCAGAAGUCCUAUUGAUAGCUCGGAUUAGCAGUGUGAGCAGGUAUUUAAACCUGCUGAUACCGCAAUCUUCACAUAGGCAUUUAAAACGGCUAUUUAAAGAGCUACAAAAUUGGCCCCAGCACAUUAAUAUCUGAUUUUAGCCGAUCCAACAACUGGUGUAUUAACUGUGCUCAAAUUGUCUUUUUAGUGCUGAAUGUUAGAUCUGCAAAGGAAUGUGUUGCCUUGCAGAACUGAAAGGACUGCACAUUGUACUAAAAUAUAAAUUUGCAUUGGUUAUUAAUUAAAGUUAAUCUGUAAAUCAUCUGCCAGAGAAAGUACACUCAAUGACACUAUAACCGAUAUUGCUAAAUUAGGUCAAUCAGAAUGUCUUUGUAAUAAUCCUGAAAGAUAAACGCUGAGCUCAGGAACCAGCUCUUUAUAUGCAGAGAAAAACAAAAGUAUGAUUGAAAAGAAUGCAAAACGUUUAUUUUAUGUCACUGACACUUGCGCAUGUUUUAUAAAAGACAGUAUGGCAAAUAUAUGUUGAGAAUGUUGUCUGCUUUGCAAUAUAGUAAAUUGGAAAAUCAUGUGGGUGUCUAUUAGUUGAUGUGAAGCUGCAUCUACUAUUAAAUCUCUGCAAUUGACGUACUCCUCUAGGACAAAACAAUCAGCACUUUACAAAAGGGAAAUUACAUUAAAGUAAAAGCAAGACUAACUCAACAUGGAAUGGUUUGGUCUAGAGAGAGAACUUAAAACCGAAUACUGUAACAGCACAAGCAAUUAUCAUGACACAGUUGUCCGUAAAAGAAAAUCUGUUUAAUGGUGUAAUAAAGCCAUUUCCACCAACUAUGCAUCUGUAAUUUGAUUUUAUAAAUGCAAUAGGUACCGAUAUAGUGCUAUAGUACAUCAUUAGAAGAAGAAAAACAAAAAUCAAUAUCCUUUGUUCUGAGCAUAAAGAUUCAUUGAAAGGAAUGUUCCUAGGUGGCUUUAUCGCGCUCUUGUUAAUGCAUUAUAGAUACAUUUGCCCCUUCCUUCCUCAUGCAUGCUACUACAAAAUUAAAGAAAAUGGAAGAUCUUGGUUGUGAAGACAGACUAGAAAAGUUUCACUUGUUUUCUUUAGAAUCAUGCAUCCAAGAGGGGAAGUUAGUUUUCUGGUGGCCUGUUCAUUAACAGGACUGUACUAAUGACAAUAUGUCAUCCAUUAAAGAUACACUAUAGUCACCAGAACAGCUACAGAUUAAUGUAAUUGUUCUGCUGUGUAUAGUAUGUCCCUGCAGGCUUUUUCCAAAUGAACACUGUCUUUUCAGAGAAAAGGCAGUGUUACAUUGCUGGCUAGUUACACCUCUAGUGGCAGUUUUUCAGAUGGCCACUAGAGGUGCUUCCUGGUUCAGUGCCUAUAGAAAAGCAUUGAUUCAAUGCAUCUCUAUGAGGAGAUGCUGCUUGAUGUAGUGUAGCGUUUUGACACGCAUGUGUGACAGCCUUCCAAUGCUUUCCUAUGAGAAAGCAUUAGAUUGGCUGAGAUUGUCAAAUUUGAUGAUCUCAGCCAAGGAGGCAGAGCGGGUGUGUGGCCAGCCGCAGUGAGAACGAUGCGAAACUGGAAUAAGGAGAGUUUAACAAUUUUUUCUCUUCGGGGGGCAUGGCUGGCUGUGCAACUUCCUAGAUGUGUUGGUGAAGAGCUUCGACUUCACAACACUUUAAAAAUACUAAAUUGCCACGAAAUAGGCAAAAAUUUCUCAUGCAAAGUUCCACACUAUGUCUCUGAAACCCCCCAACAGAGAGAUGGGGCGCUAACAUCGAAAAAAUGCUACACUUAGAGGGCACCCAGCUACCUGACUUACGCAGGUCCUUAGUCAGGCCGCAACAACAGGCCCAGCCUAAGAUGGCGUGUGGGAGGCCAAGAGGCUCAAGUGAGUUGGAGGAGUCGCUGGAUGAGGAGAGACCCAUGGUGCCGCAGGCCCGGGGUGAGGUGUACCUAUGGGUAGAUUCUGAUACUGAUGCCUCACCCUCCACUAAAGGUGACUAAAGAAACUACUGCUUGAUAUAAGGGAGGUCUGGAAGACUGACUUGGCCGGAGUGCAAGCUGAGAUGGGUGGCCUCUCCAUGCGCAUCAGGGAGGUCGAGACCCGAGAGGAGGAAAGGGAUGGCCAGUUUGCUGAAACCCACUCCCAAGCAGAGUGUCUCUCCUAACAAGUGCAAUAACUUACCAGCUCAGUGGUCACUUUGGAGUUACGGCACCGCAGGAGAAAUGUGAGGAUCCGCGGGGCACCUGAGUCCGUGGGCCCGGAGGCCCUACUGAAUUUCUCAAAUAAAGUGGCAUAAGUGCUAGAGCUGAAGGGAGACAGUGGAGCCUUGCCUAUUACAUCGGCGUUCAGGAUCCAGAAAGCUCCAACUGCCCCUGCGGAUCAUUGCUGUCACUCGAGACAUCUCGGUGAAGAUGGCUAUUCUGGCCCACUCCAGAAAUCAUCCCACAGUUCCUGUAGAGUUACCAGAUCCCAGUAUUCGAUGACCUACCAUUCUCGCUCUUACUGGAGAGAAACAGCUUCCAGCCGGUCACUAAGCAGCUGACGGCAUCCGAUAUAGACGGGGUGCCUCAGGGACCCUGGUGGUACCCCACAGAGACUUGGUACUCACUCUGUUGGCGGCAGAAGACCCUGCGGAAUUUUUGGCAACCCAGCAGCUACCACUUACACGGCCCAUUGUGGCAGGCAGGGACAUAAACUCAACAGGAAGCGGGAGUCUGGUGCAGAGAUGGAGCGACUAAAGACUAAACCCACCAUAGGUCCUUUGAGCGGGAGAUGGCGAUUAUAAGAGGCUUGUCGGGCCCAACCCAUGUUUUCAUUUUUAUUUUAUAAUUACCGGUUUUGUACCAAGGCACUCUACGUUAGAAACAUGUUUGCACAUAGUAACUUACCUACUCACUAAGUCUAUUGACUCAGCCAGAGGGACCCUGGGGGUGAAGUGGGGCUGUGCCACACAUGGCUACACACAGCAACUUACUUGCAAUGUUAUAGACGUUUCCCUCAGUCAUCUGUGGCUCAGCCACUGUUUACAUAUUUAGAUCCAAUGGUUUAUAACUAUUUUGAAAAUAACCUAGUGUUCUAGAUCUCAUCUCUGGUUUAUUCCAGCAUGUCUUUACUUUUAUUAUGCC